AUGGCAUCAACCUCUUUCAACAUCGCCGAGCAGCCGCUCUUCACUCGUCGUAAACUACGUGUAGCUGCAAUCGGUGCUGGAUUCGCUAGCUUGAACCUCGCWUACAAGCACAAGUACGUGGGCGACAACAGCUACAUGGAUCUCAUCAUCUACGAGAAGAACCCAGAUAUUGGAGGUACUUGGCGAGAGAAUCGAUAUCCUGGAGUAGCCUGUKAUGUGCCGGCUCAUAUCUAUUGCUUUCCAUUUGCCCCGAAUCCAGACYGGAGCUCCUUCUACGUCGGUGGAGGGGAGAUUCUUCAGUACAUGGAGAGAACGGUGGACAGCUUUGGACUGAGAAGCUAUGUCCAAGUCAACUCCAAAUUGACGAGUGCUACAUGGUCAGAGGAGAGGGGAAAGUGGCUGCUUGAAAUUGAGCAUGGUGGGAAUUCCAUCCGCGAUGAAGUGGACGUUCUGAUCAAUGGCGGUGGUGUUCUGAAUAGUUGGAAGUGGCCAGACAUUCCUGAUCUUGAGAAAUUCAGUGGUGAGAUCGUACACACCGCAAACUGGAAACCGUUGGAGAUGAAAGACAAAAAAGUGGCAUUGAUAGGGAAUGGUUCCUCGGGGAUCCAGAUCCUACCAGAGCUGCAACGUACAGCAAAGAACGUACACACAUAUAUCCGGACUCCGACAUGGAUUAUCGCGAACGUGCUAGCUGAAAUGACCCCUGAAGGCAAGAACUUUGCAUAUUCGGACGAAGACAAGAAACGCUUCCGAGAGCACCCAGAAGAACUCAAAGAGCUUCGACAGAAGAUGGAGCACAGUUUCAACGAAUCCUUUUCCCUCUUCCUCAAGGACUCCCCGCAGCAAGCAGCAGCCCGAAGCAUCUUCGGCGAUCUCAUGAAGCAGAAACUCGGAGGCGAUACUGAGCUGGCACAUCGACUGAUCCCAGACUUCCCCGUUGGCUGUCGAAGAAUUUCUCCGGGGCCUGGCUAUCUCGAAGCAUUAACAGCCGACAACGUAACAGUGCACUACGAUCCAAUUGUGCGGUUCACGCCAAACGGCAUUCUCUCUCAACCACCUUACGAUACGCMACCAGAGGAGACCAAAUUUGACCUGAUUGUAUGCGCAACAGGCUUUGACGUGUCGUUUAAACCUCCGUGGUCAAUGACAGGCCUCAAAGGCGUGAAUCUCCAGGAAUCGUGGAAAGAUCAGCCUGAAGGGUACAUGGGAGUCGCGGCGCCUCACAUGCCCAAUUACUUCAUGUUCAGUGGACCCAAUAGUCCUCUGGGACAUGGCAGUCUCUUUGGAGUUCUCGACGCUUCCUCGGAUUACAUUCUGAAAUGGUGCGACAAGAUCGCCAGUCAGGGAAUUAAAUCCGUCGUCGUGAAACCUGACAUUGUUCGCGAAUUCAAUGAUUAUUCACAAGCUUGGCUUGAGAAGACUGUUUGGUCGGCGGGAUGUCGAAGUUGGUAUAAGAAUCAUAAAGCUGAUGGGCGCGUUACUGCUAUGUAUGCGGGUAGUAUUUUGCAUUAUCGACAGCUUUUGGAGGCUUUUCGGACGGAGGAUUUCGAGAUCAGUUAUUUUAACCCUAGGAAUAGAUUUGAAUUCAUGGGGAAUGGUAUUACUGAACUUGAAGCGAGCGGAGGGCAGUUGGGAUUCUAUCUUGAAAAGUAG